AUGGCGCACUUGGUGCGCCAUCCCCGCAUCCACGCCUUUGACAACGUGGAGGGCCGAUUCGGGUUGGAGUCCGGGUACGAGGCAGUGCGCCUGCUGGGCCGUGGCGGCACGGGCCAGACCUGGCUCUGUCGGCGGCGCGGGACGGGGGAGGAGGUGGCACUCAAGCUGCAGCAGCGCCCCCUGCCCAAGCACACCCUGGACCUGACCUACAACGAGGUGGUGAUCCAGGCGGAGGUGGGUUGGGGCUCGCCCCACAUGUGCACGCUGCAGGAGGUGAUGCUGACCCCCACCCACCUCGCCAUGGUCCUGGACUACGAGGCGGGCGGGUCCUGCGCCGAGUACGUGGCGGCCCAGAUCCCCAAGGUCGCCCGCCUGGAGCUGUGCGUGGACGAGGAGCGAGCGCGCUACAUGUUCCGGCAGCUCAUCGCAGGCGUGGAGUACCUGCACUCCCUGCACGUCGCCCACCGCGACAUCAAGCUGGACAACAGCCUGAUGGACGGCGCCGACCCCGCGCGCGUCAAGCUCUGCGACUUCCAGUUCGCCAAGUACUGGGGCAAGCCCGAGUACGCGCGCAUGACCACCCACCUCGGGACCGCCGUGUAUAUGGCGCCCGAGGUCAUCACCAACCGGCAAAACCACAAGUCAUACAACCCUGUGGAGGCCGACGUCUGGGCCUGCGGCAUCUGGCUGGUGGCGCUGCUGGUGGGGGCCUUCCCGUUUGACAACCGGCCCGGCGUGGACGACCGCACCGCCGAGAUGCAGAUCCUGUGA